AUGAGUCGUCUCCAAAAUGUUGUUUACUGGGGCCAGAACGGUGGUAAUAUAGUUGAAAAUGACAAUCUUGCAGAGUAUUGCGCCUCAGCGUCUGGAAUUAACAUUAUUGUCCUAGCCUUCUUAUAUAACCUUUCACAAGAGACUGGCAUUCUGUCUGGUUCAUUUGGCCAGUCAUGCGCUAUUACUUCCUCCGGAUAUGGUCAAGGGUGUGACAAUAUAGCUUCGGCUAUUAAGACUUGUCAGGCUGCAGGAAUCAAGAUUAUCAUUUCUAUGGGAGGCUGGGCGAGUUCAAUUAUACUAAAAUCACAAAGCCAGGCCGAAUCUAUUGGUCAAUAUUUAUGGGAUGCAUAUGGAAACCCAAAUGUUAAAACUGUGCCACGACCAUUUGGGAAUACUCUUGUCGAUGGUUUUGACUUCGACAUUGAACAUCCAGAUGGGGCCCAGUAUUAUCAAUACCUCAUUGCGAAGUUGCGGACAAAUUUUGCUAAAGAUCUCUCGCAUAAAUAUUAUAUUACAGGCGCACCUCAGUGUUCUCUUCCGGAGCCUAACAUGGGCGAGAUUAUUAAACAUUCCGAGUUCGACUAUCUCUGGAUCCAGUUUUAUAACAAUGACUGCGCUCUAGGUCUUGAUGAUGGUGAGCAUUUUAACUACUAUGAGUGGACCAGUUUUUUAUCAACGACACCUUCUAGAAAUGCUAGUCUCUUCUUUGGUCUACCCGCAUCUUCAUUAGCAUCAACUGGCACCUCUACUGGGUCAAAAUACUAUGUGACUCCUGAGAUAGUAGCACAAUUUAUCAAUAGUAGUAAAAGCGGACAUAGUUUUGGCGGGGUCAUGAUCUGGAGCGCAGGAUUUUCCGAUGCAAAUAUUAAUAAUGAAUGUACUUAUGCACAAAACAUUCAUCAUAUUCUACUCAAUGGGUCUGCCUGUGGACAAUCGGACUCUCUGAGAUCUUCACCAAGUGCAACACUCAUGCCAACAAGUGCACAAGCCCAAACGUCGCUAUUAGAAACGGCCACAGCAUCUGAAUCAGUUGGAAUCCCUAUGUGGGGUCAAUGCGGCGGCCAAGGUUACUUUGGUCCGACACAAUGCUUACCGCCUUACAGAUGUAUCCAGUUGAGCAACUGGUGGUCAUCUUGUCACUAA